AUGGCCAACAAAACAGGUCUCUGUCCAUUACCGCAAGAAGAACCUGCCUACUACACACACAUUUUAGGAAUCAUAGUGGACUGGAUCAUCAUCCUUAUCGGGCUGCCUGGAAUCAUUACAGCCAUUUAUGCACUGCAGCGCCUGGUCAAGGUUGACCAUGUGGCCCCUGUGUACGUCAUCAACCUCCUCGUUUCGGACCUCUUCCAGAUUGCAAUCACAGUCGUGUUCAUCCUGAGCCGGUUCUUUGACCAGACCGCACCAGUCUUUCUGGCGUUACGCUGCAUUUCAAGGGUCAUUGUGCGACUGGGGAUCACCGCCAGCUUGGGGUUUAUGGUGUGUAUAUCUGUGGAGAGGUACCUGACCGUGGCCUGUCCCAUAUGGUACCGGUACCGCCGGACUGUGAAGUGCUCCAUCGUCAUGUCGCUCUGUGUCUGGGUAAUCUGUGCGCUGUAUGCUCUUCUGGAUUUCACACUUGUACAGGACCUACAAGAGUCUCUGGAGGUAUUCUCAGUCAUUCUUCUUACACCGGCCUUACCACUCAUUGUGUUCUGGGUGCUCACCCACAAGGCUCUGAAGCACUGCAGGUCCAUACAACGAGACGAGAGCAGGAGGAUUAUGGGUGCCCUGGGCCUAGUCCUGGGCAUAUACAUAGUCCUUUUCCUUCCAUUCUGCAUCAGGAACCUCUACUACAUCCUGGCGUCAGUCAGUAAACACAACACAUCUCAUGAUCUGUCGCUGGUGCUCACCAGUGCUCUGGUGUACCUGAGCCCCCUCGCAGAUCCCUUCCUGUACAUAUUCAUGAGACGGGACAUCAGAAACACCUUUGGCUUCUCGCUCUGCUUUUGGAGGCUGUUUAGGAGAGCCAGGCCUGAGGAGGAAUCCAGGCAAACAGCUGAGAGUUCUACGACAAUAAAAUUGAAUUGA